AUGAAGAAAAGACCUGUAUCGGCUCCUUCAAUGAUCAGAUUACACAGCAACUCUUUUGGCAGUUCUCAGCCGCAGAAUCCCUUUUCCAUUUUAACAGUUGUUGCGACAGUCCAUCCUCAAAGGCGCGAAAGACAUCGUAAAAGUUUGCCAAUAUUUCAUCCUUCAUCGUUAACGAAAAGGUGGGAAGCUAAACGUAAUCAUUUUAAUCUGUCUAAUCCUGCUGGAGAUUUGAUAAAGAAACGAUACCAGUUCAAUAACAGAAAAUUGAGUAACCAUCUGCCUUAUCUCCUACCCAGAUCUCCCACGGCCAGAGUACGACAGAGUGAGAUCUGGGUACAAGAUUACCAUCUGGAAAGAUCCACCGCAAACGGAAAGGGCGCAUGCUCGCAUGGAAUUUCGUUGCGAUCUCGUAAAGGUUUCUUGAAAAGAAGUAUGUCGGCCCCAGCGUUACGUGAGAUCAGCAGUUUCCGCAAUGACACACUGCAGAGGGAGGCUCCUGCAGCCUGCGACGAAAGCUUGGACUCCCGUCACCUUUAA